AUGUCAGGCUACUAUGUUGGACCAUUCGGUCGUAUGUUACCCAUCGCAGGUGGCUCAUCGUCGGAGCAGCCCCCGGAGUCUCGCGCUAAUCAAUCAGAACCCGGGGAUAACCCAUACCAGCUUCCUCCCCCGCGCACUCCAGCAAACUUGCAAUUUGGAUCAGACCCUUUCCUACGACAGCGUCAGUCAAGCGACAAACCAGAAUCAGCCAGAGGACCAGCGUCAGCAGAGGCUGUCUCCCAACGGCAAAGGACUGAACAGCUUCCGUCUGUCAGGUCGCUACUGACGCCGGCCUCUGGCCCCAGUUCACCACCACCAUACCAUCCACAAACUUAUGGGACUCCCACACCAAUUGAUCCGCAUCGCGAGCUAUCAUACCCCUUCCGCCAUCAUGAGUCGACACUACCUCCACCUCCAAUUGGCGGGCAAGAUAGGCGUCGCUCAGAGUCUCUUCCACAUUCACAAUCUGCCAGCCUUCCACCGCUAUCUCACGUCGCCAUGACCAGCCCUAGAGACAUGAACCAUCAUCACGCAGCUACACGAAGCGACCCUUCAACUGCAACUAUGCCACAUGCUCAAUUGCCCCCUCACGGUGCUUCAUAUCACGAAUCAGCUACUGUAGGCGAGAUUUCGUCGCCUGAAAGUGUAAGCCGGCCCAAUCCACAGGCACUACUUCCACACGUGGUGGAUGAACGAUACAUCGACGGCGAGCUUUGCUUCGUCUACGCUGAUGGAUCUCAUCAGCCCAAAAUUGUCGAUGGGAAACCCGUCAACCCUAAUUGGGGUGUCACAAAGGCAGGAAAGCCGCGAAAGCGACUCGCACAAGCAUGUUUAACUUGCCGCGAAAAGAAGAUCAAGUGUCAACCGAACCGUCCUAAAUGCGACCAGUGCCAGAAAUCUGGGCGAGAAUGCAGGUUCGAGAACGCACUCCGUGGAAACCGCUCGAGAGGUUCGCAUUCCACCGGACCAACUGGAACUGCAAAUUCGGACGUCUCCGGCUCGAUGUAUAACAUCGCUCGUGCGUCUGAUAGUGGGACAUCUCUUCCAGGAAGUGGCCAUUCACCAAUGUCAGAAGCUCCGGUGGUGACACCCUCGGGCAUGGAAAUCACCCACGACCCCAUGGUGGAUGUGGAUCGGGCAUACCGACAGCGAGCUUACCGUAUCCCCCGCCCUUAUGCAGAUGAGAGCCUCGUUCGACAGGUCGAAUAUACCGAGGCCAACCGGCUCCCUGAGUACUCAGAGAUUCUACGUGAACUGAGAGAUGCCAACCCUGAAGACCCCCUAGUGGGCUCUUGGAACGUCGAUCCAUAUGAUCACGACCCGGAAAUGACUUUGCACUACGUUGAAACGUACUUCUCGAAUGUCAACGACGGACUAUAUCACAUUUUCCCCCAUGCUCGCUUUAUUCUUUGGCUGAAGUCAUGCGACACGAAGUCCCCCGAGGACAAAAUGAUGCUUUACGCGAUGAUGGCGUUGGGAUCUAUCUUUUCGGACCGCCCUGACAGAUUUACUGCUUUGAGGCGCUACUCUCGUAUUGCCCGCUUUGCGAUUCAAAGGAGCCAGCAUAAUCUAUCUCUUCAGCUUGCUCAGAGUCAUCUCAUGAUGAGUCUGUUGUACUACGCUGCUGGCUCGUUGGUAGCAUCUUGGGACUCAAUUGGCGCUGCCGGACGAGCUGUUAGUGGACUGCGAUUUAAUAUCGAGUCUGGAGGUGUGAUUGUGAGCCAGAACCAGGCAUGUGAAUAUGGGUUACACCCACAGGCACUGAUUGAGUGUCGUCGCCGGACAUUCUGGGUCGCUUUCAUCUUGGAUCGAGUUUCAUUUUUCUUCUCCACCACGUCAACCUCUAUCUCAUCGGAUUCGGCUUUAAUUCGACUCCCAUGCCGAGAAGACAUCUACGAGGCCCAGCAAUAUGCCACGGCACCGUACUUCCAGACCGUCCUUAGCCAAGCUUCGAUGUCUACCGACGAUGAUCGAUCUUCCCUCAGUCCUAUGGCCUUUGUGAUCCAAAUCCUUUCCAUCUGGGGUGACGUCUCCUUCCAAGCUUUCCGUCUAUCACACACGCCGUCCGAAGGCUGGGCACAACUUGCUGAAGAAUUCCAUACCAACAUCAUCCGACGAACAGAUGAUUGGAUCAACCGACUGCCCGAACAUCUCGCCUUCUCAGUUGCCAACAUGGAGCGUGCUAGUCAAGUAAAGAAGGUGGAUACCUUUGUUGCAAUUCAUUUGUUCUAUCACGCCACCUUGAUGAAGCUGUACCGACACGCGCGAUAUCAAAGUCUGCGGUCAGAGGUGCUCAUCCAGUACAUCCAUCGCGCCCGGUAUCACGCGGUUGAAACUCUGAGAAUCGCUCUGGCCGUUGUUCAGUACGCGCAUGACGUUCAAGCUUCCCGGUCUGCAGCUGAUACCUCUUCGCCCAACGUGACGCUCCUCAGUCCAUUCUUGGGAUAUGUGGUUCUAUCUGCGGUAGACGUACUCAGCGCGGGAGGAAUGGUGGCCGAAUUACCAGACUGCAUUUCAUUCAUCAAUGGCGCGUAUGGCAUGGUCCAACUCCUGGGUCGCCAUUGGGAUAGCUCCAUUAGCCUGGCAAAUCUCAUUAAGAAACGACUCGAUUCGAUGAUCGACUGUGCGAAUGGCCGAUCGCGUACCCAGGACAAGACUUGCUUUGCGGUGGACGGCCCCUCGCUCGAGACCAAGGUGCCGACUGGUACUCCUCCUCAGCCACCGGGUACACUGGACGAAGAUCUUUUCUAUGGAUCUCUGCCGCGAGAUAUCCUCCUGCGAGCUAUGGGAGCUGACGACACUCCGUUGUCGGACAAUAAUAUCGCAUGGCUGAAGGAUCGCUGA